AUGCAGCAGGAAGUUUAUCAUUUUAAGGUUUCUUGGCACCACUCCCAGGGUGCGCGCGUAUGCAUUAUAUUUCGCCCUUGCGUCAUUUCAGACGGACCUUCUCGAAUUACAUUUAUUGAGCCUCUUCGCUUGAUUUCGACCAGGAUAGCAGCCCAUAUGAUCAAAAUGCGUCUCAAAUUCCACCAUCUCGUUUUUACUGUGGGCGCUGUGCUCUCGGUAUUGCUCUUUCUGAGCCUCUGCCCCCUCACGCUCAAGCGGAUCCCCUCAAAUUACAUUAACACCGCAGUCGACGGCUACUACUUCCAAUAUCACCGACUGACACAUGUCCGACACCGAAAGAACUGGUUCCGACCCUCUGUCAGAGGAAUAAUCGAUGGCUCCUUUUUCGAGGUCGACUCUACCGCACCGUGGAGAGUUGCCUACUCUUCAAACAAGCCGGGAGUGGCUCCUGCUGCUGUCACACAACCUAACCAGCGACCCACAAUCGUCACUCUCAACGCAGGCGACGAAGACAGCGACAUUUUGGCCGCCUGGAAGCGAGCCUGGUAUGCUGCUGGUUUCAACCCCGUCGUACACAUUGAAACCGAUCAUUCACUGCAACACAAGAUGGAGGCCGUCUCGCAAGCUAAUGCUCUAAUCUUCUGCGACAAACAUAUUAUACCCCUUGACUUCCGACCCAAUCUCCCUGGUGGACGAAUGAAGGAAGAGUUCUCUGAAAACAGAGAGAAGAACGGUCAUCACGGACGAAACAGCCACCGAUGGAAACCCAGCGAGUACAUGCCCGAUCUGUAUGACGACAAUGAUGUAAUUGACAAGCUCAAGGGAACCCCUUCGAAGACAACGAUCUACUCCCAGAUUGAAGACUCUCUACACAUGGGCCUUGUUCACUUUGAGAGUAUCGAGUUCAUCCGAGACCUUGUUCAAAAGCUCUCUUCUGACCGUGUCUCUCCCGGCGAGGCCUCCAGAGACUUCCGUGUCUCCAUGGAGAACACUCGAGCUCUGGCUGUUUACACACCAGCUAAUCUUGAGACUAUCACUGGAUACUCUUCUCUUCAUGAGGACACUGUGGCCGGCAUGAUAUCUUCCCACAAGAGAAACAUGUUCUCUGCUGUCUUUUCUAACGGUCUUCAGGUGGUUGACCCUUACGAGGGUAUGAGUCAGAUCUUCUCACUCCCCUCCCUGCGACUUGCUCAGCGCCUGGGAGCUUGUCCCAACGUCCCUCUGGCCAAGACCUGUCCUCCCAUUGCUCCCGUUCUGGAGUAUUUUAAGCUGCACAAGCUCACUGAGAAGUCCCACGACCGAGAAGGUGAGGCCCAGCUUGUCGCACCCAAAUUUAACGAGGAACACAUCCGAGAACUGCAGAAACUAGGAUGCAUGAUCUGCCAGGACCAGUCCCAGAUCCGGCUUCUGAGAGCAUACAACCUGCGACCGCGAACUUUCAAGAUCGGCACACUCGCACAUCCACUCACUCGAGUCGCGGCCGAACAUGUCUCCACUGAUGUAGAUAUCGAGAUGGUCUACGACUCUUCCACUGCUUACGAGUCUUGGGUUCACAAUGUCACUCAUAGAGUCAUUUCCAGCGAUCGAUUCGGAUCCGUCCCCAAGGUGCUCAUGAUGAAGGAUGUCCUCUACAAGUCAUUCUUCGAGCAAUCUAACUCCAUUUGGCUGACCUGGGAAGACUCGUUCGUCCCUAGCUCCGAAACCAACAACGAUAUCGAGUACCAUCUGGGCUUUGUUCUUCCACCUGAGCCGGAUUCCAGAGUGCAUGUCAAGAGUUUCAAGUCCAUUGGUGAGGGUCUCGUGUCUCCUCAUGAGUUCUUCAACAACGGAGAGACUAUCAUGAAGGCUAUCAACGCCCGACUGCAUAAUGAUGAUGGCAAUGACUCCAUCCUCAACACCGUUGAGGGAUGGAACAUUCCUGAUACCGAGAUCUGGAGAUUCCUCCAGGAGCUCAAGUCUCUCCACCGAAGAAACCAGAACAUCAACUAA